CAAGGCAAGAAAUCACGUGAGAUUCGAAUCGGAAGAAACAUAUAGAAAAAAAAUCCGAUCGGGAGUAGGGGAGAAGAUCACCGGAGCGCAUCUUUCCUCCCUUAAAUCCCUCGCUCUCCCCUUUUGACCAUACUCCGUCUAAAGCGCAGCAAAGGAGAAGAGAGGACUUGGCUAUGGCGACGGCGUUCGAGCACCCAUACGUGCCAAAAGAACUUCACCUCCCGGGUUACGUCCCAUGCUUCCUCUCCCAGAAGGACAUCCUCGUUCGCUACCUCGGCACCUCCGUCGUUGGCUUCGCCCUCAUCUGGCUCUCCUCCGGGCGUUUGUCAAAGAUAUCAAAGACUGAUAGGUUGCUUAUGUGCUGGUGGGCGUUUACUGGUCUGACUCACAUUAUCCUUGAGGGCUAUUUUGCUUUCUCCCCAGAGUUUUACAAGGAAAAAACUCCGCACUUUUUGGCUGAAGUCUGGAAGGAAUACAGCAAAGGUGACUCCAGAUAUGCAGCGAGAGAUGCUGGAGUGGUUACUGUUGAAGGAAUCACUGCCGUCAUAGAGGGUCCAACUAGCCUUCUCGCUGUGUACGCUAUUGCAUCAAGAAAACCAUACAGUUACAUUCUUCAAUUUGCAAUAUGUCUUGGCCAGCUUUAUGGAUGUCUGGUUUAUUUCAUAACUGCAUUAUUAGAAGGUGACAACUUCUCAGCAAGCCCGUAUUACUAUUGGGCAUACUACAUUGGAGCAAACAGCUCUUGGGUCGUCAUACCAGCACUCAUUGCGAUCAGGAGCUGGAAGAAGAUCAGUGCAGCAUUUCAAGUCGAGAAGAAGACAAAGACUCCAUGAGGAAGGAUCGACUGCAAGGGAACUGGGGAGCAGAAAAUUCCAAAUUUCCAGCGGAUCACCUCCAUAUCUGUGGUUUUAAUGCUCUUCGUGGAACUGGAUUUCAUCGACUAAACUGUUGCAUUGCUGUGGUGGGAAUUUACUUAUUUGGUGGAUUAAUCAUGCCACAGAAGUUUUGUCGUUCAAAUUUAGCUCAGCAUUGCAUAAGAUUCGAAGCAUGUGACAUUCUUUAAUAGCCAUCUGAUGGUGUAUAUUUUGGGAAUGAAAGUUACUGCAAUACUAUCUCUUGACCGCA